AUGGGCUUCUUCGACCACCUUCAGAAGAAAGGGACGGGCGUGAUACAGGCUCAAAAGGCCCAGAUACGGAAAGUCGAAUGCAAACCGCCCAUCGUCAGGUCCUCGUCGGCCCCAUCACACCCCGUGAAACCCCCCUCUGCUCGCGCGCACUCCGAAUCUUCCGCCAAACGCACCGUCACCUCACCACGAAAGCCGAACUUAUCUGACUCUACCGGGGCUGUGAGGAAGAAGGCUUCUUUUCCGAGCAAGUCCGAUCACCUAGCAGUUAACCCACCUCGUUCGAGGUCCGUGUCCCGCAAGCGAUCGUCCCCCGCAGUCCAGCAACUUGUUAGCAGUAGCGAUGAGAGCGAGACCGAUGAGUCACUGGAUAUCCGGCUGUCGAAGAGGACAAAGGUGAGCGCGAGCGCGGAGCCGGAUUUAAAACGCCAGUUACGCUCUGAGGUUGCGUUUUCUGAGUCUGCCGAACGGUCGUUCCCCAUGGUCCAUGCUUUGGACAUAGCAUCUGUCGAGAAGAAGACUCCUGGAUUCAGAAAUGCAUUUAAAGAGCCCAAUGGAUGCACGACCAUAGCACUUCAAUAUCCCACAUACUCGCAGAGGGAGAGGUAUCAGCUGGUUAUACCCCGAGAAAACGACGGGUUCAAACCGUUGGAGGAUAUUGUGCAGGUAGUCGAGACUGUAUCACAUAACUACAUCCCCGAGGACCAGAUAUCUCUCUUCACUGAUGACUCCACUGGCUAUAUCCGUCUUUUGCGGCGUGCAAUCAAACAGGAAUCACCAAAGGAUUUCUGGAAUGCGGUGAAGGCAUAUAAUGAAACGAUAAGACGGCUUCGGGAUGAAGGUGUUAUCGCCAAACACCUCGAUGCGAUGCAUUCGCUCUCCCUGCCGUGGGUGGAGCGCAUUUUAACCCAGGUGUAUAGCCGGACCGUCUCUCUGCGCGUGGAAUCACUGAAAAAGUAUGAGAGCGGAACUGAUAACGUCUAUGGAGAGCUCCUACCCCGCUUCAUCUCAGAUAUCUUUCAAAAGACGCAUUUAAAAUCCGACCAGGUAUUUGUUGACCUGGGCUCUGGCGUGGGCAACGUUGUCCUCCAAGCCGCCCUAGAAGUUGGCUGUGAAAGCUGGGGCUGUGAGAUGAUGCAAAAUGCCUGCGACUUGGCUCGACUGCAACAGGCUGAAUUUAAAGCCAGAUGUCGAUUAUGGGGCCUCUCGUCGGGCAAAGUACAUUUAGUCCAAGGAGACUUUUUGGAUAACGAACGCAUCGCGAAGGCUCUUCGGCGGGCAGAUGUUGUUCUUAUUAAUAACCAGGCAUUCACCCCUGAGACGAACAACAUGAUAAUCAAUCUCCUGCUUGACCUGAAAGAAGGUUGCCGGAUUGUCUCGCUCAAAUCCUUUGUUCCAGCCGGGCACAAGAUGCAGGCCCGAAACCUCAACUCACCUAUUAACCUGCUUUCAGUUGAGAGGCAUAACUACUGGUCUGACUCUGUUAGUUGGACUAAUGCUGGGGGCACCUAUUUCAUUGCGAAAAAGGAUAGCUCCAGGCUCCGAGCAUUCUCAGACGCUCUUUUAUAA